AUGAAUUCACCUGACCUCUGGUACUCCCCAGAAACACAGUUUUGCUUCGCCGCUGCAAACAAUUCUUGCCCGAGGAAGGCGAGGCCUGUGCUUGUGAUCUCCGCCAUGUACCUCGUCAUGAUCGGAGCGAUAGUGAUGACCAUGCUGGGAAACAUGGUUGUGAUCAUCUCCAUUGCCCACUUCAAGCAGCUCCACUCCCCGACCAACUUCCUUAUUCUCUCCAUGGCUACCACAGACUUCCUGUUGAGCUGCGUGGUCAUGCCCUUCAGUAUGGUCCGGUCUAUCGAGUCAUGCUGGUACUUCGGAGACCUCUUCUGCAAAGUCCACAGCUGCUGUGACAUCAUGCUCUGUACCACCUCCAUUUUCCACCUCUGCUUCAUCUCAGUGGACCGCCACUAUGCUGUCUGUGACCCACUGCAUUAUGUCACCCAAAUCACCGUCGGCGUCGUGGGGGUCUUUCUCCUCAUCAGUUGGUCUGUCCCCAUCCUGUUUGCCUUCGGCCUGGUGUUCUCAGAAUUAAAUUUGAUUGGUGCUGAGGAUUUUGUUGCAGCCAUUGACUGUACAGGUUUGUGUGUGUUGAUAUUUAACAAGCUCUGGGGAGUGCUGGCUUCCUUUAUAGCUUUCUUUCUGCCUGGGGCAAUCAUGGUGGGGAUUUAUAUACACAUUUUCACAGUUGCCCGGAAACAGGCCCGGAAAAUUGGUCCAGGUCCUAGGACAAAACGGGCCCUCUCAGAAAGCAAAAUGAAGGCCACAUCCGGAAAGGAAAGCAAGGCCACCAAGACUUUGAGCAUAGUCAUGGGAGUAUUUGUGCUGUGUUGGCUGCCCUUCUUCGUCUUGACAAUCACAGAUCCUUUCAUUGGUUUUACAACCCCUGAAGAUUUGUAUAAUGUCUUCCUCUGGCUCGGUUAUUUUAACUCCACUUUCAACCCCAUCAUAUACGGCAUGUUCUAUCCUUGGUUUCGAAAGGCCCUGAGGAUGAUAGUCACAGGGACGAUCUUCCGCUCAGACUCCUCUACCUCCAGCUUGCAUUCUGCACAUCCUUAG